UACAAAUUUCACAUUUUUCAUUUAAUUUUUGCUUAUUAAGAAAAACUCUUAAACUUCUUAAAGUUUAAUCUAAAAUGACAAUAAAGAUAUGUUUACAUCUAAUUUAAAAAAUUGGAAUGGAUAUUUUAGCAAUUAAAUAUGCAAUUUUUAAAAUAAAAAAAUAGUCAAUUUCAGCAGACAUACAAAAAAGUAAAGAAAACGGGUGAAAAAAAAAUUCGUGAAAAGCGUAAAGAGUAAUUGAGGGAAAGAAAUACAAAUUGUAUUGUUUUCAAUAUUGCAUUAUCAAAUGGUUUCCGGUAACGUUACGGAAAACACAGAAAAGCGCCACCAUUGCCGAUGUAACAGGUCCACGAUCACUUGCAAACUGUAAAGAAUUUUUCUCAAUUUCAUUUUUAUGAAUUGAAUCAAUUAAUCCGUUGCAUGAAAACGAUUCUUCAAGAUCUUAAUAUUAACAUCAGCGAGGAACAAAGUUCCACACCCGCCCAUCUACAUACUCUUGGCUGCAGAGUGCAAAAAUUGUUGUAAGCAACAAUUUUAAAGCAAAAAAAGAAAAAAAAAAAAAGUAAAAACAGAAAAAAUACAUAUAUAUAUACAUAUGCUAUCGUUUUUGUCGCACAAGUAACGUGCAGUCUGCUAUACUUUAUGUAAGGCGAAGAAGAAUUGAAAAUAAAAGUUAAAAAAGCAAAGCAAAACAAAACCAACAGAAAAAAAAAAAAAAAAAAACAAUUGACACGUGUGCCACAAGUACGUUAGCCAGCAACAAACAACUACAACGAUUAUAUUUAUUAACAUUAGAUAAAUGUGUAUACUGCGAAUACACAUACAAACUCUCUUUUAAGCACUUAAGAUAACCCACAAAACCAAAACAACAAAAAGGAAAACAUACAAUCGGCGUGUGUGGGGGUAGUGUGAGAGUAAAAGAAAGCAAAAAGAGUAAAAAAAUAUUUUUUACAAAUAUUUUGAAAAAAAAAAAUAAAUAAAACAAAAAUCAUUAAUAAAUAAAAAAAAUAAACUUAACAACAACAAUAACAACAAUUUAGCAGAAAAAUGACUACAGAUACCCGCCGACGUGUCAAAUUGUAUGCUUUAAAUGCAGAACGUCAAUGGGAUGACCGUGGUACCGGUCAUGUAUCAUCGAGCUAUGUGGACAGACUUAAAGGUAUCUCGUUGCUGGUCCGCGCCGAAUCUGAUGGAAGUUUACUUCUAGAAAGUAAAAUUCAACCGGACACCGCCUACCAAAAGCAACAGGAUACAUUAAUCGUUUGGUCCGAAGGAGAUAACUUCGAUUUGGCCUUAAGUUUCCAAGAAAAGGCAGGUUGCGAUGAAAUCUGGGAGAAAAUCUGUCAGGUUCAAGGCAAGGAUCCUUCAGUGGAAAUCACGCAGGAUAUUGUUGAGGAAUCGGAAGAUGAGCGCUUCGAAGAUAUGUCGGAUACUGCACCGCCCAUUGAACUGCCACCUUGCGAAUUGGCCCGCCUGGAAGACAUAUCCGAGACUAUACAGAGUUGUUUAACCACACCGUUACGUAAAGAGAAACUCUCCAUGGCUCUAGAGUCGGAAAAUUACAUCAAGAAACUUCUUAAUCUCUUUCACGUGUGCGAAGAUCUUGAUAAUACUGAGGGUCUGCAUCAUUUAUUUGAAAUAUUUAAAAAUAUAUUCUUGUUAAACAAGAACGCUUUGUUUGAGAUCAUGUUUGCCGAAGAUACAAUAUUCGAUGUGGUCGGAUGUUUGGAAUAUGAUCCCAGUGCUACGCAACCGAAAAAACAUCGUCAGUAUUUAAAACAGUGGGCGAAGUUUCGCGAAGCCGUACCGAUAAAAAAUCAGGACUUGCUUGCUAAAAUCCAUCAAACAUUUCGUGUACAAUACAUACAAGAUAUAAUAUUGCCCACGCCAUCCGUGUUUGUUGAGGAUAAUAUGCUUAAUACAUUGUCGAGUUUUAUAUUUUUCAAUAAAGUAGAGAUAGUUACGCUGAUACAAGAGGAUGAGCGUUUCUUGGUCGACAUGUUUACAUUACUUACCGAUCCAAAUACAAGCGAUGCGAAACGUCGUGAUAUUGUCUUAUUUUUGAAGGAAUUCUGCAAUUACGCUCAGAACCUACAGCCGCAGGGCAAGGAUUCAUUUUAUAAAACUUUGACCUGCUUGGGAAUACUGCAGGCUCUCGAAAUAACUCUGGUUAUGAAUGAUCAAAAGACCAAAGCGGCCUCAAUUGAUAUAUUAACAGCGAUUGUAGAAUUUUCACCGUUGGUGGUGCGUAAUUAUACAUUGCAGCAAGUCAAUCGUACUGAGGGUGAGCGGAUGCUUUUAAACAUUGCCAUUGAACAAAUGUUGACUGAUUCCGAACCAGAAUUAGGUGUAGCCGUGCAAUUAAUGGGUAUUAUUAAGAUACUAUUGGAGCCGGAAAAUAUGCUUACGGAAAAAGGUGACUUCCUCAACUUUUUCUACAAGCACAGUAUACAAACCUUGAUCGCUCCAUUGUUGCUCAACACUAUCGGCGAUCGUCCUCAGAAUGAGGAUUAUCAGACCGCCCAGCUGUUAGGCAUUGUUUUGGAUAUUUUAUCGUUUUGUGUGGAACAUCAUACUUAUCAUAUUAAAAACUUUAUCAUACAGAAAGAUCUCCUUAAGAGAAUUCUAGUGCUUAUGAAGAGUUCUCAUACGUUCCUUGUUUUAGGCGCCCUAAGGCUUUUAAGAAAAAUUGUCGCUCUUAAAGAUGAAUUCUACAACAGACAUAUUGUUAAAGGUAAUCUAUUUGCGCCGGUGGUAGAUGCUUUUAUACGUAACAAUGGCCGCUAUAACUUGCUCGAAUCCGCGAUUUUAGAAUUGUUCGAGUUCGUCAAAUUGGAAGAUAUCAAAACAUUAUGUGUUUAUUUUGUUGAAACGUUCAGCAAGAUAUUUGAUGAAAUUGAAUAUGUGCAAACGUUUAAAUAUCUGAAAAAUCGCUAUGAUCAGUAUCAGGAUCGAAUAAAAGAUCGUGACAAGAUGAGUUUAGAUACUGGCAUUCCAAUUAUACGUGGCGGUCGUUUCCGUCGGGAUCAGAGACAAAUGGAAGAAGAGGAAGAAAUGUGGUUUAAUGAAGAUGAAGACUUGGAAGAAUUGGAAACAUACAACAGUGUCAUGAAAUCUGUUACUGAGAAAAGCGGUCCUCAAGUUUCACAACAAUUACAACAGAAGUCACCGCCACAGAGUGCGCAACAGCAAUUGCAGCAACACGGUGGCAGCUCUAGUAGCAGUAGCAGCAGUGCUAGCACCAGCUUACUGGGAGGCAAUGGUAGUCCAAGCAGCAGUCAGUUAAAUUCAACGACGACGUCAACUUCCACGCUUUCACCAACUGGUGGAGGAUCAACAAGUAGUAACAAUGAAGGUGGUCUUAGUACAUCAUCAUCUUCGAACAGCAGCAGUAAUUGUAGUAACAGUGAACAAACGUCCGCCGCGCAUUUAGGUGCUGCUCUCCAACAACACCAGCAACAACAUCAUCAUCCACUGCACAAUUACCAGCAGCAACAGCUAAAUUUAAACAGUACCCUUGUCGCCGCUGCGGCUGCAGCCGCCGCUGCAGGUGUAGCUAGCACUUCCAGCGCUGCUCACUUAGAAGCGCAGCAACAACAACAACAGAGUGAUAUUGUUGAAUUGCAACAACAAUUGGCCGCUGUCGAACAGCAGCAACAAGAACUGGUUUUAAGUGGAGGAGCCUCCACAUCGAAUUCUAAUAUAGCGCAAACGGGGGUGUCAGUGCCCUCAACAAGUUCGUUGACAGAAUCGGCUGCAGCAGCGGCCGCCGCCGCUACUCAAUUACUUUCUUCAAUGGCAUCCAGCGAAGCUGUAGCAGCGGUGGCAGCGGCUGCUGUAGCCGCCGUCGCAGCUAGUGUAUCUGGCGUAGCCAAUAGUGCAGUAGCUGCCGCUGCUGUCAGUGCAGCCAACGCUGCUGAAGCAGCGAAUAAAUUAAAAAAUAGUGAAUUGCAUGUCGGCAACGUAACAGCUGUUAUUGGUGAUCAAAAGGAAACUCCUUCAUCGGCUGUGGUCUCCGGGGAGAGUGUUUUAAAGAAGGGUCUGGUUGAUUAUGAGAGCGAUUCUGGUGAUGAAGAUUAUUAUGAAGAGGAAGAAGAGGAAUCGCCACAGUCACAUCAAAAGAAACCUCGCUUGGCAUAGCAACUUUACCAACACCAGCAGCAAACUUUUCAUCAUAAUCACCAGCAUCAGCAUCAACAUCAGCACCAUCACCAUCAUCAUCAUCAUCACCCAUUUCAUCACCAUCA